ACCACAAAAGAUCUAGCUAAACAUCACAUGAAACCAUAUAGAAUUGUCUGUACAGCAUGCUGACGUCACCUCUUACGCCAUCGAUCAUUUGAAUUGAUAUACACCAAACUAUACUCUAUUAUUAUUGUUCAUUGUUCUUAUACAUUAUUAUAUUAUUAUUAUUAAUAAUAAUAAUUAAUCCCACUGCUUUAUAACAACAUCCUCAGAAUCUCAAAUUAGAAUUAAACCUCAUCUUCAAAAAAAAUGGCAUCACCACCAAACAAUAAUCCUCUACACUUCGUUCUGAUACCGUUAAUGGCGCCAGGACACAUAAUACCCAUGAUAGACAUGGCCAAACUGCUAGCCAGACGCCACGUCAGCGUCUCGAUCCUCGUCACGCACCUCGACGCCACACGGUUCAGUCCGGUGAUUGACCGGGCCGUUGAAUCCGGGCUGUCAAUCCAGCUUAUCAAAAUCAGGUUCCCCUGCGAGGAGGCGGGAUUGCCACGUGGAUGCGAGAGCGCAGACACCCUACCUUCUUAUCACUUCAUCGGUAACUUCUUCAACGCAAUCAUCAUGCUCCAGAAACCUCUAGAAGAAUUAAUCUCGAAAGAGCUGAUGAAUAAUAACCCUAGUCCGGUCAGCUGCAUAAUCAGCGACAAGCACAUAACAUGGACCGCCGCCACGUGCGAUAAGUUCCGAAUUCCGAGGAUUGUAUUCGACGGAAUGAACUGCUUCACUCAGGUGGUGAGCAACGCUCUGUUUAUCUCCAAGGUUUACGAGCGGGGCCCACCGGAUGAGCCUUUCCUGGUGCCUGGUUUACCCGACGAGAUCGAGUUCACCAGGAACCAGCUCCCUGGAUUAUUUAAUCCAGGGCCGUUGGAUGUCACAGGCGUCCGCGAACAAGUGAGGGAAACCGAGAAACGGGCUUACGGGGUGGUGGUCAACACCUUCGAAGAGGUGGAGAAGAGGUACGUGGACGAGUUCAAAACCCUAAAAAACGGCAAGGUUUGGUGCGUCGGGCCGUUGUCACUUUCCAGCAAGGGCGAUUUAGACAUUUCACAAAGAGGAAACCAGGCCUCGAUCGACACCGACCAAUGCCUGAAAUGGCUCGACGGUAAGAAUCCAGGGUCCGUAAUCUACUCGUGCCUCGGAAGCCUGAGCCGGCUAUCGCCGGCUCAGUUCGUCGAGUUCGCACUAGGGCUGGAGGAAUCGAACCAUCCGUUCAUCAUCGUGGUAAAAAAAUCCGGAUCGAAAUCGGAGGAGAUAGAGAAUUGGAUCAAGGAAGAUGGGAUUGAGGAGAGAACUAAAGAGAGGGGCUUAUUCAUCCGAGGGUGGGCCCCACAGGUGAUGAUUCUAUCGCACGCAUCGGUCGGAGGGUUUCUAACGCACUGCGGAUGGAAUUCGACUCUGGAGGGGAUAUCGGCCGGCCUGCCAAUGGUGACGUGGCCGAUGUUCGCCGAGCAGUUCCUGAAUGAGAAACUGAUCGUCCGGAUAUUAAAUACUGGUGUUGGAGUUGGUGCACGUGGUGUUGUACAUUUAGGAGGUGAUGAAGUAAAGGCAUCAAGUAAUAAGCUGGUGAAGAGGAGUGAAAUAAAGGAGGCUAUUUGGAGAGUAAUGGAGGAGAGAGAAAGUGGAUGUGAGAGAAGGAAAAGAGCAAAAGAGUUUGGGGAAAUGGCGAACAAGUCUGUGGAAGAAGGAGGUUCUUCUUAUCUUAACAUUGAGUUGCUAAUUCGAGAUAUUCAGCAGUUGGUGAAAAAAUAAGCAAUGUUUUGGAGAAUGAUUAAUUUGUUUGAGAAGUAGGAGAUGAUUUAAUCUUUGUUACAAUAAAAUUAUAUUUGGAUAUGGCAAUAUAUAAUUAUGUCCACAUAUA